ACAGAGUCAAAUCUUUUCCGCAGCAGGACGGCAGGCUGAAGGAUUACUCCUAUUUUAGACUCUUCAUCCACGCGUCCCGGGAUCCAGCACAGAAUGUGAGCUUGAAAUGGGAUCAGCGUUGUGUGACAGUGAGGUGUAAGAUCUUCAGAGGAGUGUCAGCAUGACCCCUCACCGUCAAGCUCUACUGCUGCUCUUCACUUUCUCCCAAUGUGCCAGCCUGUCUUUAAAUAGAAAUGAACAAGCCCACUUUUUGCCCAGCACGGACCCAGAGCCAGGCGACAGCUCAUCAUGGACAUCAAAAACGGACCCAAGUUUAUCCCCUGAUGCACUACAUCCCAGCAGAGACUUUUUGACUAAACCAAACCUUUACGUCACAACAGCCUCAAAAACACCAUGGAUCAAAACGUUAGUUUCCAGUAAGACUGAGCUUCCCUUGGAUAUCCAGAACGAUGAAGAGGGAACUCAAACCGAGCAAUCCGAUUGGACAAAUUUCAAGCAAGACCAAUCAUUUAAAACUUCACUCGCAACACGCCAGCCUUUUCCUUCUCAAACCUGGAGUUCAGAAUCCAAAAACAGGAAUACAUUUAAAUCCAAAACUGCUGCAGAAACCAGCACCCAUUGGACACUUUGGAAGUCCUUUAGUGCCACCCAGACACCAUAUGCCAGAGGAACUUUAGAUGGCACCACUUCGCCAAAAGAGCCAUCCAAGGAAACAAAGGAUUUAACAGAUGCUCCUACAGAAAUGACCUUUAUUAUGUCAAGCCCUGACCGUGAUCGAGAGGAGAGUGAGAGUGUUGAACAAGUGAAAAAGGAGCAAAAAUCUCAGUCGACCGCCACCGUGAUCAAGGUCACUGAAACCUCUCCUAAAACAGCAUCUCCUGGUGAUGACUGGAGCAGGUCUUCCACACUUCCGGACUGCAACCUGAUUGGCUUUGGGAGCUGUCAGUCAUCUGACUCUUUGAGGAAUAAAGCUUCAACUAACAACACUCUAUCUACUCCACCUCCGGCUUAUUUAACCACACCCCCUGGUGUCAUAAACCCACCCCUUGAAGCCCUGACUCCGCCUCUACUGGUCCCUUUACUGACUGACUGGAACGCUGCCAUGGCAACAUGGGGCCUGGCAUGGGAAUUGCAGGUUUACGUACUGGGCUGCGUGUUCUUGCUCGUGGCUGCGCUUUCUGCGCUCAGUCUGAUGUGUUUGCCAUUGCGCUGGCCCUCCGGCUGUGCCCACUUCAGCCUCCUCCACCUCCUCCAACUACUAACAAGUUCCAGUAGGGCUCUGUGGCUCCUCUACGAUCCAUAUGGCCAAAAAGAGCGCCUUCCCAUAGGCUGGGCUCGACUACUGCAUGAAGCUGCUUAUCCAUGUCUUACAGCAUCGUUUGGCUUGCUGCUGCUACUGCUAACUGCCCGCUCUUGUACCCAGCUACUGUCUCAGAACACCCUGCAGCGCAGCACCUGCCUUUUGGCAGCCCUAGUGCUUCUGCAUGUGGCCAUUGUGAUGGCGUCCAUGGCAAUACUGCAACUUUUUCCUACCCUGCAAGUUGUGCCUCUAUUACCUGCUGCAGCCUUCGUGCUGAUGUCCUCGAUCCUUUCAUUCACGUAUCUGCUUCUCUAUUGCUGUGCCCGUGCUGACGUCAAACACAUUUACCGCCUCAACGAGAGCUCUCCUGAACGGCCAUCAUGCCAUGCCAGCAGGUGUCCAUUUACUGAGGCGCGGAUGUGGGAGAGGGCGGCUAAGGCUGGGGUGUUUUCUGCCCUCUUCCUCCUGGCAUGCGGAAGUCUCAGACUCUAUGCAAUGCUACACGCAGGAGGGUUGACCGGUGGAGUCAUGGUUGGUCUGAUGCCCUGGCCAUGGUGGGGUUUCCAGCUCAGCUGCAGAGUGUGUGAAACAGGAGUUUGUCUAACUCUCGCCCUUAUAAUCACUCACCCCCUUCUCUGUUGCGGAGUGCCCCCUUCCAAACCUGGGGGAUGCAGCUGGCUCUUCAAAAAUCCACCAACAGAGGGCACCACAUCUGGAAAACCCACAAUCCUCUCAAGUCGUUGUGGCUGGUCACUACGGCCCGCAGAGAAGCUGGGGUUGUGUGAAGGAAUUGUACGGCGGGAAAGUGAAAGCGUGCCACUCUAUACCUUGGUGGAGCUUCCGCACAGUGAAUCCGACGGACUGGACCUUCACUAUCCCAGCAGUCCUCAGCACGAGCCUUCAACACAGCUUGUCCAAACCACUAAAACAAACAAAGCAUCCCACGCAUCUUCUUUUGCAAGUUUGGAUGCUGAUUCUACAGCAGAUCUGCGGCCCCCUUCACCUAUCGACCUACGCCGAAGUAUUGAUGAGGCCUUAAACAGCGAGGCUCUGUUCCAGCAUAGCCUAUUCGGCUCCUCCAGACUCUCUCUUAGCACCCGUGGACCACCAGACGGACAACCCUGUCGGGGCAACUCCACUGAAGUCAGCCUUUACCGCACUUCCUCCUGUGGGGAUGUGGACCCCGCUACUGUACCUAGCCGAUCCAGGCAGUGGAGCACUAUAUCUGGGAGACCAGCUCAGGUCUCGGUCCACUGCGGUGGGAUAAACUCAACAGAACACUCUCAGAGCAGCCUACAUAGGGGCUCUCAGUCAGGGCAGCAGCUCCACAGAAGGUACACCACCUUAGGGUCUACAUCCUCCAGAGGGAGCGUGGAUGUGGAUACCACUUCUCAUGUUGAUGAGCUUGCAGUUCAGGCUGAAUUUAUUAACGUCUGCAGGCAAAUAGAUGCACUUAGUAUUAGCAGCGACACGAUUGAUCUAUAGGUAAAGAAAUCUGUAUUGAAUCAACUACAUAUUGUGCUGGAGUGUUGAUGAACUGUGCUUGCAUGCAGAAUUAGCCUUAAGGUUGUCCGCAAAGUUUAACAAUUGGACUAGGUUGGUCCAAAUCGGCUCUAGGAGGGCCACUUUGCUGUACAGUAAACUCCAUCACAUCUGCUUGUAAGUUUUCUUUUGAGAACCUUUCCUGUGUUUAUAUAUGCCUACUUACUUUCAUCCUAUAUAGCAUAUAGCAUUCAUAAAAGUGUUAAUGACCUAUUUACACUUUUUUUAAUCUGCUGAGAUUUUCUGAUUCUGAAGUGUGUAUCUAAUGGACACUUUUAUAUCCCAUGAGGCCACAGGAAAGUAUUCGGUCAUGGCAGUGAAACAAUACAAUUGAUGCUUGUAGGUUGAAUAACAGUGACAAUAAGAUGGAUACAGUACCUUUAAAUGCACACAUUCAUACAACAUAGAACAUACCUUUUGAACAGUCAGAGUAAGUUUCAAGACAAAUAAUAAUAUACUAUAAAUAAUAAUGUACAGUAUGUGAUUUUGGAUGUAGAGCUGGAUUUGGUGGGGCAGGUGUUCAGGAACAGGAUUGAACACCUCUGGAUUUAUUUAUUAAGCUUGGUUUGAUGAAAAGAUUAUUUUGUAAGUCUAAAAGAAAGAUGCUUAUGUGUACCUUUAGCUAAAAUGUUAGCACUUAUGCUAUUAAGAUGCUUUAUGGUGAGGCAUCUUCAAUUUUGCAUUUACAGUAUCUCACCUAUAGCCUUUUUUUCUUGUUGUGGAAUGGAACCUUAGAAAUCUAUUGAAAUAUGAGAGAAAGGCAUCUUUAGCAAAAGUCUGCAUGAAGAUGACAAUGACAAACAGAAAAAUAUAUGCAGGUUAUUUUUAAAUGCUAAAUGCUAAUUAGCCAUUUUUAAUGGAUCACUUGCAAUUUUAGUUCUACUGUUAUUAAACUAUAAUAGACUAAAAUUGUAUUUAAUUGCCAAUUUACAUGCAUUCUUACUGCAAACUGAGGCUAUGCUUGCAAUAGCAUGCUAGCAUAGUGUUUGUACUGUUUCUGCAGUAUGUGAAUGUUCUGUUUGGAUAAAUAACUAUAUGAUUUACUGCAUCUGCAAUAAAACACUGAAUGCAGGCACUGAAUUAAAUAUGAUGUCACGUGACAACAAUGUAGCUUAGCCUAAAACUGUAAACAAAUCUUUUAUUGAUGUCUAAUGCAUACUGUUGCGCAUACUGUAUACAUUACAGUAUGCACAAAGAAAUAUGCUAGUAGUCCAUUUCGAGCAUAGCCUCAGUCUUUGUAGCAUUGCUAAACAUACACUCAUUCAUUAGGUACAACUUUAUUAGCCACUUUAUUAGGUACAACUGCUUAACGUUAACGCAAAUUUCUAAUCAGCCAAUCACAUGGUAGCAACUCAAUGCAUUUAGGCAUGUAGACAUGGUCAAGACGACCUGCUGCAGUUCAAACAGAGCAACAGAAUGGGGAAGAAAAGUGACUUUAAACGUGGCAUGGUUGUUGGUGCCAGACGGGCUGGUCUGAGUAUUUUAGAAACUGCUGAUCUACUGGGAUUUUCACGCACAACCAUCUCUGGUAGGAUGACAGGGUCAGAAUUUGGUGUCAAUAACACGAAAGCAUGGAUCCAUCCUGCCUGUAUCAAUGGUUCAACUUGGUGGUGGUGGAGUUAUGGUGUGGGGGAUAUUUUCUUGGCACACUUUGGCCCAUUAGUACCAAUUGAGCAUCGUGUCAACACCACAGCCUACCUGAGUAUUGUUGCUGACCAUGUCCAUCCCUUUAUGACCACAGUGUACCCAUCUUCGGAUGGCUACUUCCAGCAGGAUAAUGCGCCAUGUCAAGCACAAAUCAUCUCAGACUGGUUUCUCGAACAUGACAAUGAGUUUACUGUACUCACAUGGCCUCCACAGUCACCAGAUCUCAAUCUAUUAGAGCACCUUUGGGAUGUGGUGGAACGGGAGAUUCGCAUCAUGGAAGUGCAGCCGACAAAUCUUCAGCAACUGUGUGAUGCUAUCUCUGAGGAAUAUUUCCAGUAUCUUGUUAAAUCUAUGCCACGAAGGAUUAAGGCAGUUCUGAAGGCAAAAGGGGGUCCAACCCGGUACUAGUAAGGUGUACUUAAUAAAGUGGCCAUUGAGUGUAUAUACAGUACACAUAGCCUCAGUCUUAGCAGUGUAGCAUUGCUAAAUCUAUGUGCCCAUACGCCCUUAUAACUAUUGUGGUGCGCAGAUACUGCCCUCUGUAGGCUGUAUAUACGAAAAACAUGAAAUACAGUUUUUUGCCUUUGACACUGACAAAGCCUAUAUAAUGUAAGAUCAUCUCAAUAUUGGCAAGGAAAAACGUUUUUCAUUUGUUGCCAAAUCUUUGAAAUGUGCUCUAUUUUCUGGUAACUGGCCCAAUGACACCUUACAUUCCUUAAUUUGGUGUAGAAAAUUACAAAUAAACAAUUGUGAAUAAAUAAAAAGAAAUGUUAAAACAUUAAAGCAGACAAAAACUAAUACUACAAGACCACAAUAAAGAACCCAGUCUAUAAAACUCAUUCUUUAUUCUAUAAACUGCAUUAUAUUCAGAAUGACAAUACAACAAUCUGUGCAAACUACAAAAUAGAGCUCAGUAUCACUUUCACGGCAAAUGCUUACAACUCUCCUUUACUUCUGACCUUGUAAAUCUUCAUUUUUUAUACUGUAAAAUGUUUGAUAUAUGUAAAUCCUUCUAAGAUGAUGCAAGUGUGUGAAACGAAUAAAUAAACGUUAAGAAAUGA